AACGGAAAGCUCCUGCCCCCUGAUCCCCCAAGCGCCCGGAUGCACAGCCACACACCAGCAACAGUCAGUCAGCCAGUCAGGACAAACAUGGUCGCCACAACUGAAGGAAGCCUUUAGGAGUCUCCGCGCUGAAUUUCUCUUUAUAAAGUAAGCGUUCUCAUAGACUAAAGCACGUAAAACCUCGCCCGAGGUCUACAUUUUCUUCUUGCUGAAGGCGUCUUUGUGGACGGGACACUUAGAGGGCCAAACAAUGGAAUGCUCUCUCCUGCCUACACUGCUCAGCACUCUACAGACUGAGGUUAAACGGCUUAGUUAGCAGUGUACCUCUCCCCCAAGAACUCUUUUAACCUGGGGAAAGUUGGAAGAAAAAAGAAACGAGCAAAGGAGAAUUUCCUUCGUAGUGCAGCACCUCACUCCAGUUCUUUGUAGUUGGUUGUUUGGCAUUCAUUUGUAAGCCUUGUGUGAACAAAAUCCAAGAUGGAAACAGAUUCGUACCUGUGGUUGGUCGUGAUUGGCUUCAUUAUAGCCUUCGUCCUGGCAUUUUCAGUGGGGGCCAAUGACGUGGCAAACUCGUUUGGCACAGCUGUCGGGUCAGGAGUGGUGACGCUACGUCAGGCCUGUAUCCUGGCUUCAAUAUUUGAGACCCUAGGCUCCAUGCUCCUUGGUGCCAAAGUUGGGGAAACCAUUCGGAAGGGAAUUAUAGAUGUUACUUUAUACAAUGACACUGUGCCGGUACUGAUGGCUGGAGAGGUCAGCGCCAUGGUCGGGUCUGCGGCUUGGCAGCUCAUUGCCUCUUUUCUGAAGUUGCCCAUUUCUGGAACUCACUGCAUUGUGGGAUCAACUAUUGGCUUCUCGAUGGUUGCUAUUGGCACCAAAGGAGUACAGUGGAUGCAGUUAGUCAAAAUUGUUGCCUCAUGGUUCAUCUCCCCUCUGCUGUCUGGCCUGAUGUCUGGCCUGCUCUUCUUCAUCAUCAGAUAUUUAAUUCUCAGCAAGGAUGACCCUGUUCCCAAUGGUCUCCGCGCUUUGCCCCUCUUCUACGCUUCGACCAUAGGAAUCAACACCUUCUCCAUCAUGUACACUGGAGCUCCCUUACUGGGCUUGGAGAUGCUCCCCGUCUGGGCUAUUGCCCUCAUUACCUUGGCUGGCGCUGUGGUAUGUGCCGGUGUGGUCUGGUUUUUUGUUUGCCCCUGGAUGAGAAGAAAAAUAGCAAGUCGCCUGAAGAAAGAGCACGCUCUUUCCCGCAUCUCUGAUGAGAGUUUGGAUAAAAUUCCGGAGGAGGAAGAGGAAGCCCCCGUGUUUAAAGAGCUCCCAGGUGCGAAAAACAGCAACGAUGCUGUGCUGCCCUUGACCGAGGAGUCCACAGGGGAGCUGAACAGUCUGGCUAAUGGAGGCACUGUUCUCCCCAACGGCAGAGUGUAUGGCCGUACCAACUCCAUGACCAACGGCUGCCUCAAGUCACCCAUUUCCAAUGGGGGAUUCAGCUUUGACGGACACAUGCGCAGCGACGGCCAGGUCUAUCACACUGUUCACAAGGACUCUGGUCUUUACAAGGAUCUCCUACACAAGAUCCACCUGGGCCGCCUGGAGGACGAGCGCAGCGCCUCGCGUGCCGACAACAACUACCGCCACCUUCGCCGCAACAACAGCUACACGUGCUACACAGCAGCCAUCUGCGGCAUGCCGAUGACACCCUUGAUACGCUCGGAGUCCAGCGCCCCUCCUCCAGAGGACAGCGAGAAGUUAGUGGGCGACACCGUCUUCUAUUCCAAGAAGCGAUUGCGGUAUGACAGCUACUCCAGCUACUGUAACGCGGUCGCGGAGGCCGAGAUUGAAGCGGAGGAAGGUGAUGUGGAUGUGAAGUUGGCAGCCGAUAAAAGGGAGCCCCUUGCCCCUCCUGAAGGUGUGGAGGACGGCAUUGAUGAGGAAAAGGAAGAGAAGGACAAUGCUCAAGUCUACCUGCUCUUCCACUUCCUGCAAAUCCUCACCGCCUGUUUCGGAUCGUUUGCGCACGGGGGGAAUGAUGUCAGUAAUGCAAUUGGUCCUUUGGUGGCCCUGUGGCUGAUUUACGACCAGGGUGGGGUGAUGCAGGAAGCGGCCACACCGAUCUGGCUGUUGUUCUAUGGCGGCUUGGGAAUCUGUGCUGGUUUGUGGGUUUGGGGUCGACGUGUCAUUCAGACAAUGGGCAAAGACCUCACUCCCAUCACCCCCUCCAGUGGAUUUUGCAUUGAAGUAAUGAGCGCUCUAACCGUGCUUGUUGCCUCAAAUGUGGGCGUUCCUAUAAGCUCCACCCACUGCAAGGUGGGCUCAGUGGUGGCCGUGGGCUGGAUCCGCUCUAAGAAGGCUGUGGACUGGCGUCUCUUCCGGAACAUCUUCCUGGCCUGGUUUGUCACUGUUCCUUUAGCAGGCCUCUUCAGCGCUGCUGUCAUGGCCCUGUUCGUCUACGGCAUACUACCUUACGUCUGAGAUGGGAAAUGGAGAAGAGAGAAGGAGGUAUAGGAGGGUAAUGAUGAAAAAAUAAAGCAGAGACAGAAACAACAACAACAACAACAACAAAAAAAAAUUUAAAAAUGAUAUAAGGGGACAACCAGAGGGUAGAGAGAGUCUUCAAAUGCUGCCUGGGAAAGCGUCCAGAAUCCUUUGACUUAAAUAUCCUUAAUCUUGUCAAGAGUAUUUAUUUCCGUUUCAUUUUUUUUCUCAUUGUUUUGUUGAAAUGUUACCAUAAACCACAAGUCAAGGUUCCAAAAAAUAGUUCUUGUACAUCUGUGGUCCUACAUGUUCAAAAGGAGUAGACAGAACUGGACAGAUGUGCACAAACUGCCAAUCUCACAUAAAAUAUCAGUACAUAAGGAACGGGACUUUUAUGGCACAAUUCACAGUAUAUUGGCACAAAAUAUAGUUAACUAUUCCUGGGCCUCUAAAUGUAAUGUUUUGAAAUAUGCCGUGUGUGGUGUGUUAUAACCGCACCUUUAUUGCCAUUCGCUGAAACAUCAAACUUCUGCGUAAAUGACACUGAGAAGCAUCCUGCUGUUCAAAACCUACGUUAAUCAUACCUCAGUCAAUUCUCUAUGCCACAUAAAAGACAAGUGACAAAACUGUGCUAUCUCAUAAUACAUGACAUAUUAUAAGAUUUAUAAAUUUUUGGGUGGAGAAUGUGCAAGAAUUCCCUGUUCUUUUAUUGUUGUAUUUAUUUUUCGAUAUGUUACCGUUCAGACUUUUUUUUUUUUUUUAAAACAAAGGUUUUGAACUAUGUAUACUACUAUAAUUUCUACUGUGUAUAUAUUCAGCUUUGGAUUUUAGAUUUUUAGUUAUGUCUUAUUUCGAGGUCUUAUAUUGUUACAUGUAAGGAGACUUUAGACCAGGUUUGGUAGUUGCAUGAAACGUAUGCUCUUCCAAGCAUAUGAAAAUGAUCAAAUAUGAAAGAUUUAAUUUCCUAUGACAAGACGCUACAUUCAUAAUCCUGUUAGGGUAUUUCGAGAAUAACUUCAAAAUGAUUUACCAUUUUUUUUUUUUCUCCAAUCGACUAACCUAGAAGAUUCCCAUGUCAGUGAAAAGUUAGGAAUUCACCAAACUUAACGAGGGGAUAAAGAAACAUAUCUGAGGUAUUAAAUGUAAACUUUUUUUAAUCCAUACACAUCAAUAGGUGAUUUGAACUCAUUUGAUUUGAUUCCCUUUUUGGAAAAUAGCCAAAGAUUCUGAUGGUCAAGUUUAAUUGCCAAACUCUUUGACGGUGUUUGUAAUUAUAACAAUCUAAAUGAUGUCCAAACAAAAGAGAUCCGUUUAUCUCUGUAUUGCGGAAAGUAUAUAAAGGAUGCUAGUAGUUCUGUCUAGCCCUGGUAUAAAAUGGUCUUCGAGCCCAAUGGAAGAUGCCAAUAUAAAAACCUGUAUGUGCCGGAACAGCCAAAAUCCCCUAACGGGCCCUUGGGUGAACCCAUUAAUCCAGCACAAACACACAAACGUAGAUUUAACCAGUUCACAUAGAUGUAUUUUUUUUUUUUUUUUUUGGGGAGGCAGUAUUAGAUGCUGGGGUCUGGCUAUCGGUGAAUCUCACAUCAGCAUCCAGUUACUUGAUUCAGCCUCACUGAUAAAGCCUUCAGUACUGAUAUCACAUUGAGCUUUAUCAGAAGAGGAACUUUUUUUAACAUCAGGUCAAGAUGUAACAACAUAUUUGUGGCCCUGACACCACAAGAAACCAAAAAGUCUCAUGAUUUCCGUCCAAAAAAAUGAUCAUGGUAUAUCAGCUGAACUGAGCUUAGAUGUUUGUCAGACACCAUUGUAAUCUGCCUCGGGAUAGUCACCUGAUUUGGAAACUGUACAAACGUGUGGCUUAUAACCAAUGCAAAGUGUUGCUGUUUCUUUUUGUGUGUGUGUGUGUAUUAAUUUUGUUUUUAUUUUUCAUCAAGAACAAAUCUAUGCUUAAAUGGCCAUUUGCCUUGUAAUGUUGUGCUUUACCGUUUGUUGGAUACAGUAACUUCAGUACUGUGGUGUUUACAUUGUAAUCAUAUUGUAGAAUAACUUGCCUAAAUAUGCCAAUCAACUAACUAAUAAUCACAAAUUAAAUAUGAAAUAACCAGGCAUAGUGCAAAGGUGUUUCAUGUCAUUUUGUGUUUUAGCAGUGUGAUCCAUCAUGAUCCUGUGUUACUCACACUGCUAUUUGUAGUACACAACUUUACAUGGUGGAUAAGAUUUAAAAAAAGAAAAAAAAAAAGAGAGAAAUGAAUAGAUAUAUAAAUUUCAUUAAACUAUAUUUUUCUACAUAUAUAAGUUUUACCUAGGUGGCGACUUCUUACGUGGAGAGUAAACUGGGCUCCUGAGCAGCGAUUAUGUGGAAGUACCAGUAACUAUUAUAAGGAAAUGCAGUGUUGAAUAGCACUGAACAUUUUCUUAAAGAUGAUUUAAUCGCAAAAGAGUAAGACAGGGGUUAGUAAUGUGGAUUGGUUCCAUAUAUCCAUUGUUUUUUCUUGCCUAGGGACAUCUCUCUCCCUUGCGUGAGAGAGAGAGGUUGUGAGUUGUUAAAAUUCAACAGUUUUUCAUGAUUAUUUUUUGAGAAGUAAGGUUGAAUACCUUUGUAAUUUUGUUUCCCUGAAAUGCAAUAUUAAGCUGCCAGACUGUGGUCAAUCGGACCUUCACCAGCAGUGGCGUUACCAAUGUUGAGAGUCAGACGGGCACAGCGAAAAGUUUUACUAACAUGCAUCCGAUAUUUUGCAUCAAACUGGCGAUGUAAUCAGCCUUUCUGCUACGACUUGGUUAGUUUUAUAGCGAAAUCACACCAGCGAAAUCAUUCAUAAAAAUAAAAAGCCAGAAAAACUUUACACUAGUACACGAAUUCAGACGCUCUGGGUUUGACCAGCACACAUGCGCUUGUGUGUUGCCUAAAGGGGGUGAUUUAGUUGCUUUCAAAUAGAUCUAACAUUAAACCAAAUGUUAAGAAGUAAUUUGCUAGAAAAAUUGACUUGUACUACUUUUUUGAUAAAGCAACAGUUGGAAGAGAAUUUAAUUGAGAAAUUUAGUUCAUUUAAAAGUGAUGUACGCUAAUUCCCACUAUAGUACGAAACCCCUGAAGCGAUAUGGUGAUGGAAAACAUGUAUUUCAAUGCUUUUGCGUUUCCCCUAGAAACUUUGCGCUCGCUUGCAAAGAACUCAAAAGUUUUGAGAGCGAGUGCACAAACGUUUCUUGGGGAGGUGAAAUAUCUCACCUUUUCCCUCCCAUCUCAUAUUUUUUCCUUCACCAUAUCCCUUUAGGGGCUCCGUAGCAUCCCUUGUACAACACAGGAAAUGCGAGUUGCGUUUAAUUUAGCAAUCGUCUGCGUUCAGGUAUUUGUGUAACUGAACAUUGGGCUGCAGUAGUUUGGCCACUGACUUAGUUCUGAGUUACAUGAUCAAAGAAUGGCAUUUUAGCCACAGUGCAUUGCCAUUUUGUGCUUUUUUUUUUUUUGGAUGAACAUUUUAUAAUUGGACAUAUCCAAAGAAAUCACUAGGUAGGAGUUGCACAAACAAAAUCAUUCAUAUCCUCAACCGGCAUGAUAACAAAAGGUUUCAUAACUGUCCUUGGCUGCCUAUUCUCCCGUAGUGUACUAAUAUCACUUACGUUUCCAUGUUCUUAUCCGCAAUUGAAAAUAGAAUGUAGCCCAAUCCUCUGCUGGCCUGCUGAUUGCCUGCUGUGCCGUCUCUAUUUCCAUGAUGAAGUGAAUGCUAUGCUGUUAACUGUCUGGUACCAUCUGAAGACAGGG